CAGAUACUAGACCUGCAGCUGUUCUCUGAUGAGAUCGCAGAGUGAGCAAGCUGUUUACAGUGGGAGGUCGCGAUAGACAGGCGCAGAUGCAAACAGGCUGAAGCAGAAGUGGCUUCUUUAAAACAGUGUCUGUAGAAAGGGAAGCAAAAACCAAGGAAGUAAGGCAAUUGAUUGCAGCAGAAGCUGAAAGAAAUAAAGAUUGGAAGCAGCUCCUUCCAUCAGAGGCAGAGAAUAGUCAGAAACAUGAGGAAAAGUCUCAAAUGCUUCAGACAGGUUAUUGCCAUGGCCUCCUGAAUUGCAAAGAAAGGCAUGGCCAAGACAGAUGAGGUUCCAAGCUACUCCAAACCAGUGGAGGAACAGAAAGCAACCAAAAAAGCACCGGAGAGACAGAUGACCAGGAAGCCAAAGAACAGGGACUGCCAACAGGGGAUCAGUUUGCAGGCAGCUUCUGGAGGCAAAAAGAGGGAGGAAGGAGAAAAGAAGCCAGGCCUGGCACUAAUUCCUGCCCAGGAAAAGAUUGCUGACUGCUGCAUGAUUGCUGCCUGGGCCUGAAUCAGCCCAGGCCCAGAAGGGUAUAAAAGGAGAUUCCCCAGGUGACCAGGCAGCCAGUGAACAGGGAUUGCCAGCAGGGGAGCAGUUUGCAGGCAGGAGUACACACCGUGUAGGAGUACAUGGGAGCUUCUGACAUAGACUUCAGGACAAGACUGCUGGUGGAGAAGCUGCGAGGGAAUGCCCUGAAACAGAUGCUGUAACACACAGACAUUCAAAACAAAAGGCCCCAGACUUCUUUGUCUUUGUUAAACUGCAGCAAAUAUGGAAAAUGCAUUUCAGACUCCACCAUUCAAGAACUGUUUCCUGUUUGGAGAUAAAAAUAUGCUGGCAACACAAGGAGCACAUAGGAGUUUGAGAGAUGUUUUUACUGGGACUUCUGCCUGUCUUGCUUUUCUUCAGCCAAGAUCUUCAAGUAGCUCCGUACUCGUAUGAGAACUGCUUAGUCCAUGGAAACUUGGGGAGAAGGAUGAAAAUGCUAUGCUAUCAGAGAAACUUGUCUCAAGUCCCAGCUCAUCUUCCUAGCAACAUAAAAAGCUUAGACCUGUGUCAGAAUAGGAUUGCACGCCUAAGGCAGAAUGAUUUCAAGAACAUGAGCCUUUUGCAAAUGUUAAAUGUUUCUCAGAACCAAAUAAAUGUCAUUGAAGAAGGCACGUUCAUUCACACAGGCAGCCUGGAAUUCCUGAACUUCACUUCAAACCAGCUGAGGAGUCUUUCCAGCUCUACAUUUCAUGGAUUGGUGAAUCUUACUGUCUUGCUACUCAGGAAAAACAACAUUGACAGGAUUGAGCUGUCGACUUUUGACCAUCUGAUAAAGUUAAAGGUAAUUGAUUUAACUUCAAAUAAGUUACAUUUUGUGAAAGCUUUGGAUGCUAUGUUUAAGGUGAAGUCUUUGGAGAUCCUGCAAAUUAGCGAGAACAACAUAACAAAUUUUACAACCAAAGAUAUUGUUUAUGUGCCCAUGAGGCUUCACAAACUGGAUGCAUCCCAUAAUCCGAUCUCUUUCAUUGAUGUUACAACUGUUGCUUUGCACAGUCUUGUUUCAUUGGACUUAUCCUUCUCUGGCAAACAUAACCAUGUUACAUGGCUUAUACAAGAUCCAUGUCUCCUGAAAGGGCUAAAGAAUUUAUAUUUAGGAGGAAUAUUUAUGACACCAGGAGACAUAUCAACUGUUUUCCAAAAGCUGAGCUGCUCUUUGCUAGAGGAUAUCCACCUAAAUGAUUUGAACUUGACUGAUUCUGACAAUCUUAUAGAGGAGGUCUGCCUUUGGCAGCAACAUGUCAAAGCUCUGAAUUUACAAGGCAAUAAAUUCAAAAACAUUAGAGCAACUGUCUUUGAAAACUGCACUCAGCUGAAGUACUUGGAUAUGUCACACAACAAGUUACAAGUGAUACCGUCUACAUCUUUUCAGUUCCUGAAUGCUUUAGAAUUUUUGUUCCUGGCAAACAAUAAGUUCAGUGAAGUACCUAUUGUGACUUCAAAUAUAACAUCACUAAAAAGUUUGGAUCUCAGCUUUAACCAGAUUCAGAAAAUUACCCCAAGUGACUUUGCUGGUCUGAAGAAUCUGCAGUUUCUCAAUCUAACUGGAAACCAGAUCACUAAAAUCAAUUCAGAGUUAUUUCAGGAUUUGGAUAAUUUGUUGGAGUUAAAUUUGGGAAUGAACAUCCUUUUGGAAAUCUCACAGCCUUUCUCAGAUAGUUUAUGGAAGCUGGAAAAAAUAAACCUCAGAAGAAAUAAGAUGAACUCCAUCAAGAAAGGCACUUUUAGGAAUUUGACUUCCCUGCAGUUUCUCAAUCUGGUGGACAACCAGAUUAGCACAAUAGAACCAGGAGCCUUUGAAGGGCUGAGCAGCCUGCAAACAUUGCUUCUUGGCAGCAACAGGAUCACCGGGAACACUUUGCAGAAGGGCAUUUUCAAAGGGGCAAGCUCAAUAGUAGAGCUUCAGCUUUUUAACAAUUACAUCUCUUAUGAGUCAGCUGGAAAACUUGACAACCCUCCCUUCAUUCUCCUGAAGUCUUUAAAGAAACUUACUCUGAACAGCCAACGUCAUCUAGGGCUUCAGAAUUUCCCAUCUAACUUCUUGCAAGGUCUGGAAUCAAUAGUGUCAAUCCAUGCUGGCAACUUGGACAUCAGCUCCUUGCACCCAGACACUUUUAGUUACACCCCUGGGCUCCAAGAACUGGAUUUGAGCAACAAUCCAAUCAGUCCUAUUAACCUGGACCUUUUCCAGCCUGUAGCAAACCUGACAGAAUUACACCUCAAUAAAAUAGGGCUCCAGUCACUCAAUUUUGUUCUUCAUGCCAACUUCUCUAAGCUGGCAGUGCUCAGAGUAGCUACAAAUGAGCUUGAUGUUAUUAAACCAAACCACAUUGCAGCUUUGCCAUUUCUUACUUUCCUGGAUCUCAGACACAAUCCUUUUACCUGCUCUUGCAAUAACAAAGCAUUCCUCAAUUGGUCCCUUAAUAGCUUAAAAACCCAGGUGAUCUAUUUGUGUGAGUACACUUGUGCUUUCCCACCCAGCAGUAAAGGAGACAAGCUGUGGACCUUUGAUUUCUCCUCCUGCACUGCUAAUCUCGACUUCAUCUUGUUUAUAUCUAAUUCAACCCUAGUUAUUUUGCUGAUGAUUGUCUGCCUCUUUUAUCACUGGAGGUGGCAGGGGAUUUAUGCCUACCAUCUAUUACUUGCUUAUAUUUAUGACAACAGGCACAAAAGAAAAAGGCAGCAUAAGAAAUACGACUAUGAUGCGUUUGUCUCCUACAACACAGAGGAUGAGAAAUGGGUGAUCAAUGACCUCCUUCCCAAGCUGGAAGAUGAGUACCACUGGAAGCUGUGUCUGCACCACCGGGACUUUGAACCAGGAAGAUCUAUCCUGGACAACAUUGUGGAUAAUAUCUAUGGGAGCAGGAAAACUAUCUGUGUCAUAACCCGCCACUACCUUGAAAGUGAAUGGUGCUCUAAGGAGAUUCAGGUAGCCAGCUUUCGCCUCUUUGAUGAACAUGAGGAUGUCCUGGUCCUGAUUUUCCUGGAAGACAUUCCUGCUGGUUAUCUAUCACCCUACCAUAGGAUGAGAAAGCUGAUAAAGAAAAAAACAUACCUUGCAUGGCCCCAGGAGAAGGAAAAGAUUCCACUCUUUUGGCUUAAACUCCAUAUGGCCUUGAAGACAAGUGAAGGGAAAGUGGAUGAAGAUCCUAUUUUGUCUGUGAUUGUUCCAGAUGAAGACCAAUAAAGACAGUUCCCAGUAGUAAAUGUCUGUCUAUGGCAUGCCUAAUGGGCUUACUCUGUAGUUUCUAGCUACAUCAACCUUACAAAAAGUGCUGUGAACUUUGAACGAUCUUUACUCUAAAUAUUAAACUCUAAUUUUUAGGGUA